AACAACCUUCGAAAGCAUUUGAGAACUUUUGGUAUUUCUGGAUAGUUUAUGUGAUAAAAGAAGAACAGUUUAAUAGUAUAACUGUUAGAGCUUUUGAAAAAACACUUACAUUAGAAAAGAAUUCAGAAGCAUUAGGAAAGUGCUUUGAAUUAAUUAUACAAUCAAUUAGAUAUCAACCACUUGCUCAGGAACCUUUGGAAACAUUACUUACAGACUUAGAAAGAACUUCUAGAAGAACAUUUCAAAAAUCUUCAAACGCAUCAAAGAUGGAUGGAGAUACAUUUCACAUAGGUACUUCAACAUCUGGUAGAAGAAUACCUGAAAACCAAGCAGAUCCACAUAGAGAAUGGGCGGCAAUCCUUAAUAAUAUUCUUUCUGAUCAGACUAAUCUAGAAGACAAAGAUUUAACAAUCACGGAAUACGAUAACAUAUAUCAGAAUGAUCAGAAUGAUGAGGAUCCUGAAACAACAUGGAAUAUUAAAGAUAUAACUUUCAGUCCAAUUCGAAACGUUCAAGAGAGAAGAAAUAUCUAUCAAAAUACAACUGAUAAUAGAAGAGAGGAUACUGACAAUAGAGAGGAACAAAGAAAACCAGAAGGAAGGAAUGACGUAAUCACACAAUUCUUGCAAGGAUUUGGAGAUUUAUUAAAAACACAUACAGUAACUCCACAUCUAAUAAAAAGAUUAGAUCCACAAGGGAUGAGGCAGGAGGUUGACAAAAUAGCAGAAUUCAUAAAGGGAUUGAGAUCAGAAUUCAUUGUGACAGUUGAUGAAGCUAUAAAUAAAGCUUUGGCAUUAGAGACGGCAUAUUCAAUUGGAAUGGAAUUAUCUGCAUACUCAAUGAUACCAAAUUAUCUUCAGGGUAUGAGUGGUGGAUUUAUCCCAGUUCGAACAACCCUAUUCAUGUCAAAAUUGGAAGAACAAAAUAAGCCAAAUAAUAAUAGUAAUAGUAAUAAUAAGAGCAAUAAUAGAGAUACAAGGACUUGUCAUAAAUGUAGUAAAGUUAAAUACAUUGCAAGAGACUGUAGAUCAGGACAGAGAAACAAUAACAACUACAACAAUAAUAUAAAUAAUAGUAAUAACAACAAUAAUAAUAAUAAUACAAAGACGAUUCUCAGGAGGAAAUCAGCAAACAAAUUCUUCCAUCAAUCAUUUAAACUAGUGGACACACCUUUAGAAGAAGAAAUUAGAGAAUUUGAGAAGAAGGAUUAUGAGGAUGAAUAUAUUAUUGUUGACAAGCUUCCAGAUGAUGAUGAAUUAGUUGACAAACUUGAACUUCUUAGGACUAAUAAGCAUUGGAAAGGACCAAGACGAUGCUUAUGUAAAACAUUAUUAAAAGAAGAAGAUUGUUCAUAUUGUAAAGUAUUACAUCAAGAUCUACAAAAAUAUCAAAUAGCUGUUUCAAUUAAUAAAGCACAAAUUGAAGCAAGCGAUAAGCUGAUGGAAAUAUCAAAAGGAAAAGAAACACCAAUAGGAAACUUAACAAAAGAUCAGCAGUAG